AUGUCUGAUUCAGAAACCUCAGAUCCUUCUAGGGAACAACAAUCCAACCCUACCUUCACUGAAUUAACCACCAGAAUGGCUGAAAUCCUGAACAGACAGACCUCAACUACAGAGACUCCCGUUGCUCAGAUCGACAUCAAGUUGGACGGCACCAAUUAUGCUAUUUGGUCCCAAGUUGUUGAGAUGUAUAUCUUUGGCAAAGACAAAUUGGGAUAUAUUAAUGGCGAUCUUCCCCAGCCUCCUCAGAUUGGCCCAACCUUCCGGAGAUGGCGCACGACCAAUGCUAUUGUCAAGGGUUGGUUGAUUAACUCCAUGGACGUAUCCUUGAUCGAUAACUUUAUUCGAUUCCCUACAACAAAGAUGGUGUGGAAUUCUGUGGCAGUACUUACUUUGAUGGCAGUGAUACCUCGCAAACUUGACAAGAUUCGAGCAGAUGUACUACAAAUGCAUCAUUUUCCCAUUGUUGAACAAGCAUAUGCACAGGUUCAUAGGGAAGCUAGUCGGCAAAAGGUCAUGAUCACCGGUAACAAUAUUGAAACUCUAGGAGCUGUUUUGGCUUCCAAAAGUGCUAAAACUAGACAAUCUACUCUGUCCUCAACAGGCUCUCUUUCUCUGAGCAACGGAAAAUUUGGUAUGACCUCUAAAUCACAAACAUAUUCUGAUGGAACUAAGUGUUCUCAUUGUGGAAAUUCAAAGCAUACCCAGGAGAAUUGCUUCAAACUACAUGGCUACCCCGACUGGUGA